UCUCACCUAAAGGCCCCUCGAGCGUUGGAAUGUGCCCGUGAUUCCGAGACGAGGCUGAAGAAGAAAGACAAAGAAGAAGGACGAAGUCGACGAGUAUUGCCGCAAAGCAUUUUCCUCUGUGAUCUAGAUCAGAUCCUCCGUCGUCAUGGUUCCCGAUCGUCUUUCUGCUUAGUUAAUUUCAUUUCCAUGCUCUGUUUCAAAAACCACCACAAGUGAAUUAUCAAAACAUACGAAAGAAAAGGAGGCAAUGUCGUCGCGUAGGUUUUCCUUCUUCGGGAGCGGCGGGGGUUCCAACGCGGCCGACGCUUCCUCCAAUUCCGAAAUCCAGCCCACUCUGAAGCUCCAAGCCGACAAAGAAGUGUACAGGCCCGGCGAUCCCAUUAUCGUCUCCGUCCAGAUCUCCAACCCCCAUGCCACCGACGAUCUCUCCAUCUCCCUCUUGCUCGAGCGCCUUAGUUUUGAGAUCAAAGGCGUCCAGAAGCUCGACUCACAGUGGUUCGCCACUCAGAAGCCUUUGCCUGGAUCCAAGCAAAGAAGAGGUGAAUAUGUAUUUAUGGACUGCACGGUACCGGCAAUGGUUUCGAAUCAAAUCGUAUCCUCUGGGGCCACUAAAUCAUAUGUGGUGCGAACUGUAUUGCCAACCAUUAUACCACCUUCAUACAAGGGUGCCACCGUUCGCUACUUUUACUACGUCAAAAGUACAUUUUCUGGACAGUGGCUGAUACUGGAAAAUGGCCACUCUAAUAGAGAAUCAGUAAAAGAUCGUACCGAACUGGAAGCUCGUAUUCCAUUGCAAGUAUGGGCUACUCAAAAAACUAGUGGCUUGCUCAUGGAAGAAGGUCAAAGCGAUGGGAUUGUUCCUUCUACAACCAUCCAAACAGAUAUAUUCUGGAAAGAAAUGAAUGGAGACUCUGAUUGGGUCAGAGCUAACGAUAUAUAUGAUGGCAUUGAGGAAGGCUAUGAAAGCUCGAGGGAUGAGAUCUCAUCUGUUUCCUCCUACAAUCCCAUGAAAGAACAUGUGCAGAGAACCUUUGGAAGUGCACUAUCCUUGCAAUCAUCUUCUGCAAGGUCUUUAACUAAGGAUGUUCCAUAUCUUGAAGGAGAGCGUACAAGCUUAUCUUUAAAUGUUCCACUUCCUCGGUUGUCAGUGGCUGAGGUUUUACAUGAUUCAAGUACUGAUGUUUUGUCACCGCAGAAGCUGGCUGCCAUUGUCUCCCCAAGCCAUCAGCGGAAGCUUCUAAAGCCCCUUUCUGCAGAUGAUGAAACAACACUAUCCUCCUCACCGAGAUCAGAAACUGUUGAACCUUUAGCAUCAGAAGGCUUUAUUCGAGGAAGGUCUUACAAUAUCAGGCUAGAUGAUGAAGUUCUUCUUAGAUUUUCUCCAAAAAACUCUGACUCAACUUAUUACUUCAGUGACAUGAUCGGGGGAACUCUUACUUUCUUUCACGAAGGAGCUAGGAGAUGUCUUGAGGUUUCGAUAACAUUAGAGACUUCAGAGACUAUAGGUCGGCAAUUUGUCCAUCCUUCUCGGAGGAAUUCUCCCACGAUUACAAAGGUUCAAAGUGAUCAUUAUGAGGUUGUUGCGGAUUUGGUGCAAACAAGCUUUCUUUUCUCCAUUCCCAUGGAUGGGCCCAUGUCCUUUUCAACUCCCCAUGUAUCUGUGCAAUGGUCACUUCGGUUUGAAUUUUUUACCACUCCGAAGAAUGUGGAUUGGACCAGAUAUGAGCACCCGCUUCUGAUAGAGGGAAGAGACAAAAGUGAGUGGGUUCUUCCAAUUACUGUUCACGCGCCUCCCCCUGGGAAUUCUGCUGCUCACACUCGCAAUGAGAAGUCUCUCUCAUUGGAACCCCUAUGGGUACAUAAUUGAAAGGCAGACCUAACUGGCUGAAAUACAAAUCUUAUAGCCAGAUUAGCAACUGUGAGGCUCAACAGCUAUUUCAUUUCUUCAGAGACGCUUCCAAUCAAACACAUGAUUGACAAGCUGAAGCACUUCAAAGGAUGAUGAGAGUAAUCACAGUGCUACACUUGCAUUUUUGGUUGGCUUCAAAUGCAGUUCAUUGUCGGAAUGCAUCAGUAAUGCAUGCAUGUUGUGCCUUAGUAGUGAUUUUACAUUCUUAUUGUUUCCAUUUAGAACCACAUUCAGGUGAAUAGUUUCAUCUCUAUAGAAAGUGCCUUGAGGUGUCUCAUCUAAUGAAAGAUCUCCGGUUAUUGCUACCAGCCUACUGCUUAUAUGUCCACUAAGCCUCAAGCCUGUCAAACCAUUCAUCUUCCUCCCCCUUCUCUUUAUUUCCUGUCUCUGGCACUUAAACUUCUUUACUCAGAACAGGUACAUUUUCUUGGUGUUCAUGUCUUCGGUGCUAAAAGACAUAUCUUUCCUUUCAAGCAAUGAGGGACAUGCAAACAAUCGAUGAUCGACACUAACUAUAUAGUAACUGGGAACAGCUUCUUUCAAAUAUUAUUCAUUUGAUUGUUUCCGUUUUUGUGCUAUCUUUUAAUUUUAUAUGGAGUGAGACUUUGCUGUAUAUACUAUUAUUCAUGACAGCAUUUUUUUCUUUA